AUGCAUUCGAUUUCCAAGGGCCUUCUGCUCGUGCUGAGCAGCAACCUGCUCGCGGUCACUGCCCGCCCGGUGGCCACCGAGACGGAGUCUGCCACGACUACCGAAACCCCCGUCAGCUAUGGCAACUAUGGGGACUAUGGUAACUAUGGUAGCUAUGGCAGCUACCAGGCCUACAAGAGGGACGGUGAGCCAGACACCGAGGAGACCAGCACUGUCUCCACGACUGCCCCGGCUGCCACCACCACCACCGCCCCGGCCAACUACGGAAACUACGGGGAUUAUGGCAACUAUGGCAACUAUGGUAACUACGAGGCCUAUAAGCGUGACGGAGAGCCCGAGAGCUCUAGCACAGAGUCUGCUGCUCCUACUACCACAGCUGCGGACUAUGGCAACUAUGGCAACUAUGGGGACUACGGCAGCUAUGGCAGCUACCAAGCGUACAAGCGUGGCGAAGAGCCCGAGAGUUCCAGCACGGAGUCUGCUGCCCCGACUACCACUGCUGCGGGUUACGGGAACUAUGGCAACUACGGAGACUACGGGACCUACGGUAGUUACCAGGCUUACAAGCGCGGCGAAGAACCCGAGAGCUCUAGCACGGAGUCUACUGCUGCUCCGACCACCACUGCGCCCGCCAGCUACGGAGACUAUGGUGACUACGGCAACUACGGCAACUACGGCAGCUACGAGGCCUACAAGCGGGACGGCGAGCCUGAGGAGUCGACUACCAGCACUGCUCCUGCUACCACCACGACUGCUCCUGCCAGCUAUGGCGAUUAUGGCAACUACGGUAGCUACGGUAACUACCAGGCCUACAAGCGCGACGAGCCCGAGGUGAGCAGCACUACUUCCGAGGCCACCUCGACUGAGACGGCGACCCCGACCGCUGCCAACUACGGUAACUACGGUGACUACGGCAACUAUGGCAACUAUGCCAGCUACGGAUCGUACAAGAGAGAUGCCGAACCCGAGCAGGAGACUGAGUCCUCGACGACCUCUGCGCCCAGCUCGACUACCACCGCCCCGGCCGGAUACGGGAACUACGGGAACUAUGGCAACUACGGCAAGUACGGGUCGUACGGCAGCUACUAA